CGAUGUCUGCAGGCAUGUUAUGCCUUGACCCCGAGCUUUUAAAGUUUUAAAGAAAAUCAUUGACUUUGACGAGCAUUCCCACCUGACCGCGGACAUUCAGAGCUUUCAAGACCUUGUUAUGCUGGCGUCUGUUUUUAUUUUCAUCUUUAAGGUACAGACAGACAUGGUGACAUUAACAACAACCCCUCCCUAAACUCAGACUCGAGUCUGGUUGUUUGGCAGGGCUGCCUCUCGCCAGCACGGGGGGGCUCAGUUACCGGGUUUGCUGUAAGACCUCCGAGCCGUGCCUGUCCGCCUGCCUGGCUGCCUGGCUGCCUUUCUCGGAUUCCUCUCGGGUUCUGCGCUGAUUCCCGGCUUGCUUUGAUUCAGCAGCACGGCGCUCCUCUUAACACGGGCCGUGAUACAGGUUUUGGAGUCGUGUUUUGUUUUUUUUGUGACAUAAGCGUCACUGUGUGGGCCGUCCCGAGCGCUGAACAAAACUUCUGAGUUGAACAAACACACCACAGUCUCUCUCUCUCAUACACGCACGAUACAAGAACACUGCACACCACCUCUCCAGUCUUAAAUCAAAACUCGCCGAAAACGCCCAGAGAAAAUGAUGCAGCCUGACAGGAGCAAGGCGCUGGAAGUGGACGCGACCAAGAGGAGCCCCAGAGACCUCCGAGCCCUGAGGAAGCUAGGCGUGACGGAGGACGAUGAUGUGCGCUUCAUGCUGCUGGGCUCCAGUCUGUGGAAGAUCCGCUCCCCGCGCUGGCAGAAGAGGAGGGAGCUGAGGCUGCAGGAGGACGGCAUGACGGUGUGGUGUGAGACCCACAAGAGAUCCAAGAGAGCCCCUUCGCAGCAGACUUUCUCAGUGAUGGAUGUGCAGUGUGUGCUGGAGGGCUGUCAGUCGGAGGUCCUGCGGGGGCUGUGUGGCUCGAUCCCCGAGGCUCUCUGCUUCACCGUGGUGUUCAGGGGGCCGCGCAGAGGCCUGGACCUGGCCUGCAACUCGGAGGAGGAGGCACGCCACUGGAUCAGGGGGCUGCGGAAGCUGCAGGAGAGGGGCCAGACCAUGAGCCAGAGAGACAAGCUGGAGCACUGGAUCUAUGGGUACCUGCGCAGAGCCGACGCCGACAAGGACAACACGAUGAGCUUCAAGGAGGUGAAGAGCCUGCUGAGGAUGAUCAACAUAGAGGUGACCGAGCUGUAUGCACGACAGCUAUUCAAGCAGUGUGACCGCUCGGGGAAUGACCGCCUGGAGAACAGCGAGAUCGAGGAGUUCUGCCGGCGGCUCACGAGGAGACCGGAGCUGGAGGCUCUGUUCUGCCGCUGCUCCGGGGAGGACUGCGUGCUCUCAGACGAGGAGCUGUUGGAGUUCCUGAGGGAGCAGGGAGAGGAGGCAACGCUGAGCCAGGCGAGAGAGCUCAUCCAGAAGUACGAGCUGAACGACACAGCGAAGCAGCAGCGGUUGAUGAUGCUCGAUGGCUUCCUGAUGUACCUGCUGUCGAAGGAAGGGGACGUCUUUAACCCUGCGCACGCCACAGUGUACCAGGACAUGAGCCAGCCCCUGAGCCACUACUUCAUCUCCUCCUCUCACAACACGUACCUGCUGCAAGACCAGCUCGGGGGCCCCAGCAGCACCGAGGCCUACAUCAGGGCUCUGAGUCGAGGCUGUCGCUGCGUGGAGCUCGAUUGCUGGGAGGGUCCAAACGGAGAGCCCAUCGUGUACCAUGGACACACCCUGACCUCCAGAAUCCUGUUCCGUGAGGUCAUCGAGGUUGUGCGAGACUACGCCUUCCAGGCCUCCCCGUACCCCCUCAUUCUCUCUCUGGAGAAUCACUGUGGUCGGGAGCAGCAGGUGGUGAUGGCCCGACACCUGCGCUCCAUCCUGGGGGAGACUCUGCUGACCAAGAGCCCAGGGAGCAAAGGAACCAGGAGCAUGCCCUCCCCUGAGGAGCUGAAGGGGCGGAUCCUAGUCAAGGGAAAGAAACUGAGUGGCCAGCAAGUGGAAUCUGACAGCUCGUCCAGCUCAUCUGAUUCGUCAUCCUGCUCAGAGGAGGAGGAGCCAGGAGAGGGGGGCGGGACCAAGACCAAAAACAAGAAGAAGAAAAAGAAGGAAUAUGUCAAGAGCUGCUCGUCGAGCUUUGCUCCAGAACUCUCUGAUCUCGUUUUGUUGUGCCGCAGUGUGCGUUUCCGUGGCUUCGACCACGCCUCCCAGCAGCCAGCCAAUGAGAUGUCAUCAUUCUCUGAGGGCAAAGCACGCCGCCUCAUCCGAGACUUUGGAAACUCAUUUGUUCGUCACAACGCUCGGCAGCUGAGCCGGAUCUACCCCUCGGGUCUGCGCGCUCACUCCUCCAACUACAGCCCCCAGGAGAUGUGGAACGCAGGCUGUCAGAUCGUGGCACUCAAUUUCCAGACCCCCGGAGAGGCGAUGGCCCUGAAUCAGGGGCGCUUCCUGCAGAACGGACGCUGCGGCUACACCCUGAAACCAGCCUUCCUGCGCAGCGCCGACUCCAUUUUCGACCCUGAGCAUCCCACCCGUGGACAGGGCUACCAAGCCAAGACCCUGACCAUCACGGUAAUCUCAGCCCAGCAGCUGCCCAAGCUGAAUCCGGAGAGGCCGAACUCCAUCGUGGACCCACUGGUGAGGGUGGAGCUGCACGGGUUGCCCGCCGACAACGCCCGCGCUGAGACCCCCCACAUCAACAACAAUGGGUUCAACCCACAGUGGAACCACACCCUGGUGUUCGACGUGGGGGUCCCGGAGCUGGCGCUGGUCCGGUUUGUAGUGGAGGACCACGACACCACCUCCAGCAAUGACUUCGUGGGACAGUUCACCCUGCCCUUCACCAGCCUGCGCCAAGGGUACCGGCACAUUCACCUGCUCUCUGCGGAUGGUGUCCCCAUCUCCCCAGCGUCUCUCUUUGUGCACAUCAAGGUGUCAGAGCUGUCCAGGAGCCAGUCUGUCUGAGCCCCCCGGAGUGAGGCCCCCAGUGUGGGGGUCCUUCUGGAGCUCAGGAGCAGAGGGGCUCUCGCUGUGCCUCAGACCUGUGCAGUGCUGGCAGAGAGCUGCCGGCUCAACAUUAACUCACAGUUUAGCAAGGGAGGCUGUCCUAAAAAGGGCCCCCUUUUUUAUUUGCUACACGUUUUUAAAUGAUGCGUUAAUUUUAUUGAAUAUGUUUUAAUGUAGUAGUUAAGCAGCCCUGUUUGUUUUUCCAAUAGGAAGCGGCCCUUUUUAGAGUGUGCCCUGGUUAGUAUUUCCUUCCGAUACUGGAGCGAGGCUGGACCGUCUCCAGCACAGCCUAGGAGAGGGAAGGUACUGUGUAAAACACCAGGGCAUCGAUUCUGAACACCAGGGCAUCGAUUCAGAGCACCAGGGCAUCGAUUCAGAGCACCAGGGCAUCGAUUCAGAGCACCAGGGCAUCGAUUCAGAACACCAGGGCUCCAAAGACAGGCUGCUUUCACUUACUCACAUGCCGUAGCCUGUAUGGUUGCCAUCAAUAGCAAGUUAUUCUUUUGUGCAACUUUAGCGCUGGCCCCCUUCUCGAUUGCGAAGAAAAUGUUGUGCCUCUCAGCUGUGGGUCGCGUGGUCUUAUUGGAAGUGAUUGGGCACCAGAAGCAACGACACCUGUUACUUCCACAGCAGAGCACCACAAGAUCUUCAGCACAGGGACGGGGGGCAGUGCUGAUAGGAAGCGGAUUCUAAAGCCCCAGUCAGCGGUCCUUUACAAAGGAUGGCGUGAUCUCUCUCGUUCUACACACUGAGCAUCUAAUAGACUGGAAGGCUGCUGACCAUAGGGACGGUUUAAAUGCGGUGUUUAUUGGACAUGUAUUUAUUAGCACUCUGUAAUCAUUGCAUUAUAUAUAUUAUUUUAGUUUCGAUUGAGGUUCCGCAGACUAAAGGAGCUUUGUAGUUUUGUAUAGAAAUAUUUUAACAUUUAUUUUGCAAUAUCUGUAAUUUCGUUUGUUUUUAUUAAAGAACACACAGUGUUAGCCUCAUUGGAAUCGGAAUAAUAUUACACUGAGCGCAUUGCCAAUAAUAAUGCUCCUUUGAAGAGCUUUUGUGGUUUCCUUUAAUAAGAAACCCGUUGACUUGUUUCCUGAAGCAUAUGAGCAAGAAUAGGUUUUGAUUGAACCCAUCAUCGAGGACCCCUGUAUAAUUGAGUUCCCUUGUGUUUUGUUUAUCUGUGGGUAGACCUGCACAUUCCAGGCAUGUGGUUUUUCCUGUCCUUUCAUUUUUCUAUCACUCUUGGUUAUUAACUUCUUAAUUAAAAUAACACAUUCUUGGAUGAAAUUAAUUUUGGGCAGCCUACUCAUAAAACAAAACAAAAGACAUUUUUAGUAAUUCAGAAUCAGAAAAAAAAGGUUUUCCUGAAGCCUCAAUGGUAGCUGUAUUUCAGUCCCAGCUCUGGUGUACCUGGAGGGGGGCGUGCAUCAGGCAGCUUGUGAAUAUGUGUGUCAUUCACCCGUAUGAGCAGUAACUUCAGUUCUAGUAUAUCUGUGCCAUGAAAGCAAUGAAAUAAAAUAUAUAUGAACAAA